CAUAGUUACGUUAUCUCGCUAUUGAGUUUUCUGGAGAGGAAAAAAAAAGCAAGAAUCGCAGAGCGAAGUCGGCGGUGAUACGUGGUUGGGGUUUUUACAUUGGUAGAACACAGCAACCUCAUAGCCUCACAUAGUGCAUGUUUUUGUAGUCAUGCUUUCUGGAGCUGCACAGUUCACAGGUUCAUUGUGUUCUCAUUGUUUUAAGUGAGCAACCAGAUGAUAUCUGUAUCCCGAGAUCAAGUGACAUUUAUGUCAAGAGGACUUCAGAUUCCUUGAAUUUGUUCUGCAUCUUUUAUAUCCUACAGUCUGAGAGGAUUGCUGUGUGAAGUUGUUGGCAGCCUAGUGAGGCACUACUUCUGAGGUUUCCUGUUUACAUCAUCUUAUCCCAGCAGCUUUUUGGAAGACUGAUAAGAUUAUCUGCCUGUUCCAUGCUUCGUUUUAGCAGCAAAGUUGAAAGCUUCUGCCAAGGAUCCACUGUGCUUAUAGCUAUUUACAGCAACCCAUGGUGGUAGAGAAUAGUUCUAAAGUAAGGCCUUUCAGAACACUUCAGUUUUGUAUUAUUCCCAGAAUCUAGCCGGACAUGCUAUCCAAAGUGUGCGUUCCUACUCAAAACCUUCACCUUGUGUACCUUAUGAGAAUGCUCUGCCAGUGUACUCAAAGAGUUUUGGGAAUCUGUGUUCAUAAGUAGUUCCAUUUUACAACUUGGGAGUAACUUCGUUUUUGUUGUCUGGAGACCUUCAGACAUAGCUCCAAUUCUUACAGUCUGGUAGAGUGUGAAUCUGGUUAAUACUGUGCUUGUUUAAUGCACAGCCAAUAGAGUCAUUAAUGCUGCAAGACUUAACUGUACAUUCAGAUGAAUGAGAUGGGGCCAGUGGCCUCUUUCACCGACAAGAAUGUUAACAGCAUGGUUAAUACAUGAAAUGAUAUAGAUUCAUUGUGCCCUAGUGAAUUGCCUUUUCUGUUAUCAGUUACUGAGGUGGCUUACUAAUCUCUUAACAUGUAUCCUGUGUCCCAUUUUAUAGCAUUCAUCUGUUUGUAAUUUCUCAGUAAUCCACCUGUUGAGAGUAACAAUGAUGGUACUGCAUACUUUGGCAUCUUUCAGCAUGGCACUUGUGCAGUAAUUUGUCUUAUAUUUUGCGUACUGCAUUAUCUGGUAAAUUCAGGAUCUCGAGAUACAGUUUUUGGCAAAAGCUGGGUGGAUAACUAUUUCUUCGUAUUCAACAACAUAAAGGUACAUUUUUUAGAAGAAACAUCUCUCUCUUUUUUUUUUUUUUUUGUAUUGUUAAUUGGAAUACAGAUUGAGGGAUAAUUUAUAUUUUGCCUCACAGAAACAAAACUGAAUAACUAGUUUACUAGAUAUAAAGGGCACUUUAAUUAUUGAAGAAAAAGUAUUUAAAUGGAGGAAUUUUAAAAUAUGAGUUGCAUUCAUAAUGAAGAACUUCAUUUUCACUUGAAAAGCAAACUGUCUGUAUAGAGCUUUCAAAAUCUGGCUCCACUGCAUUUCUCUAAUUUUUGGGAAAGAUUCUGCAUCUGAACUGUGGGAUGUCUCUUCUCUACAUCAUCUGGCUUCCCUUCUGAAGAUGGAACUGUAUACUAAUAAUUUGUGCUCAUGAAAUGUGCUAAGCAUGAGAUAUUUAUAAAUGAAGACCACUACACACAAAAUUUGGCACUUUAAGUGAAAAGUUAAUUUUUUUUUCUAAUGGUGAAACUGAGCUUUGGGUGGCAUUUUGUGAAAAUGGCACUUGGGAAGCUACAGUAAGCAAAAUUAUUAAUGAAGUUAUAAAAUUAUUCAAAUAUUAUGCUGGGAAAAAGUCCCAAGGGGAGAAAAAGAUAUUUUCCAUCCCUGGAAAUAUUGCUGUCCAGCUGUAAAGUGGAUGUUUUGUUUCUCCAGUCUUUAGCAUUGUGGUAAGAGGGUUUGUUAUGAACUACGUUGCAGAAAAUCUUUGGGCAAGACCGAGUAUUGAUUUUAUUGCAUUGUGUUUUGAGGACAGUUCUGACUUACCCUUGCUGACUAUUCCAAACAAGUUAUCUUGUAAAGACUGACAUAACCCAAGGCAAAAUAAUGUCAAAAACCUUGAAGAAAAAGAAACAUUGGAUUGGUAAAGUGCAAGAAUGCUCUGUUUCAUGGGGAAAUGUUGGUGAUUUUAAUAUGGUUGUAGAAAUCCAAGGAGGAGCAGAAUUUGGAGAAUUUCCGUAUCUUGGCAGAGUGAAAGAGGAUGGAAUAACUUGUUUAACUGGUAAAGUGCCAAGCCCUGGAGAUGUUCUUCUUGAAGUAAAUGGAACUCCUGUUAGUGGACUAACAAGCCGUGACACACUGGCUGUUAUCCGACACUUUCGUGAACCCAUACGACUAAAAAUGGUCAAACCUGGAAAAAUAAUAAACAAGGACCUGCGUCACUACCUCAGCUUACAGUUCCAGAAAGGAUCCAUUGACCACAAGCUUCAGCAAGUUAUAAGGGAUAACCUCUACCUGCGAACCAUUCCAUGUACAACCCGGUCCCCUAGAGAAGGAGAAGUUCCAGGAGUUGAUUACAACUUUAUAACAGUCGACCAGUUUAAGGCACUAGAAGAGAGUGGAAUAUUGCUCGAAAGUGGAACCUAUGAUGGCAAUUUGUAUGGCACCCCUAAGCCCCCAGCAGAACCAAGUGCCUUUCAACCUGAAGCAGUUGAUCAGGUUUUAUUUGAUGAGGAUUUUAAUUCUGAAUCCCAGAGGAAGAGGACUACAUCUGUCAGCAAAAUGGAAAGAAAAGACAGUUCAGUCCCUGAAGAAGAGGAAGAGGAGGAUAAGGAAACAGUUAAUGGGAGUGGAGGCAUAGAGCAUCAGAGUAAAUGUCCAGACUCCUCGCAUUGGAUGAGAACGGUUCCUAGUUACAGUCAGACAAGUAGUUCUGUGGAUCGUAUACAUCUUUUGACAAGAGAAGAAAGCUUGGAGCCCUUGCCUAAGAACUGGGAGAUGGCUUACACUGAUACCGGGAUGGUCUACUUCAUAGACCAUAACACUAAAACAACCACUUGGCUUGAUCCACGACUGACCAAGAAAGCAAAAGCCCCUGAGGAGUGUGAUGAUGGAGAACUUCCAUAUGGCUGGGAAAAGAUUGAAGACCCACAGUAUGGUACAUAUUAUGUGGAUCACAUCAGUCAGAAGACUCAGUUUGAAAAUCCAGUUCUUGAAGCUAAAAGAAAAAAACAACUGAGCCAAAAGAAAGGAAAAGGGAUAUCACAGCCAGAAGUGGAGAUGCCUGGGUUUACCCGCGAUCCCUCACAGCUAGUUGGAACCCUCAUUAAGACAUCUUUGAAGAAAAGCAACAUGGGAUUUGGGUUUACUGUUAUUGGAGGGGACAGACCAGAUGAGUUUUUGCAGGUGAAGAAUGUGCUGAAGGACGGUCCUGCUGCUCAAGAUGGAAAUAUUAAACCAGGAGACGUUAUUGUGGAUAUUAAUGGCACAUGUGUCCUUGGGUAUUCCCAUGCUGAUGUUGUUCAGAUGUUUCAGCUAGUUCCUGUGAACCAGUAUACAACAAUGAUUCUUUGUCGUGGAUAUCCUCUUCCAGAAGAGCAUGACGAACCAGACAUUAAUGUUGUUGCUGCUUCCCCCAUUGUCAAUGGGCAACUGAUAUCUCAAGGUGAAACUGUCAUUGAUACUUUAGACUGCAGAACUGGAUCUAAUCUUUUUGAACAUGAUGGAAAAUCUAGUCAGGUUAUGGGCAAUGGCCGCUUUAGUGGACCUUCAUAUGACUACUAUGAGCAGAGAACCUCUUCUGCCUCCUCAGGAAGUUCUCAGCCAGAAGUUUUGACCAUUCCAUUGGUUAAAGGUCCAAAAGGAUUUGGAUUUGCCAUAGCAGACAGUCCUACUGGGCAGAAGGUGAAGAUGAUUUUGGAUAGUCAGUGGUGUCAAGGCCUUCAUAAAGGAGAUGUAAUUAAAGAAAUCUAUAAUCAGAGUGUUCAGGACUUGAAUCACCUACAGGUGGUGGAAAUUUUAAAACAGUUUCCAGUAGGUGCUGAGGUCCCACUGGUAAUUCUGCGAAGUGGUGGUCAUUCCUCUCCAGCUAGAAUAAUGAAACAGAUUACAGAUAAGCAUGAGAUCCCAGGAAGUCCUGAUGUUCUAGCAAAUGAACAAGUUCCACAACCACUCCCAUUCCCUCCUAACAUCAUCAGACCUAAUUCUCCUAAACUGGAUCCUUCAGAGGUAUACAUCAAGUCAAAGGCAAUGUUUGAAAAGAAGCCACUCAAUACAAAGGAUCUUGAUAUCUUUCUACGGAAGCAAGAUUCUGGAUUUGGCUUCAGAGUGCUUGGAGGAGAUGGACCUGACCAGUCUAUUUAUAUUGGUGCCAUAAUUCCUUUGGGAGCAGCUGAGAAAGAUGGCCGCCUUAGGGCUGGAGAUGAAUUGCUGUGCAUUGAUGGAGUCACUGUCAAAGGGAAACCACACAAACAAGUACUCGAUCUGAUGACUAAUGCAGCCCGAAAUGGCCAUGUGCUACUCACAGUCAGAAGGAAAGUAUUCUUUACUGAACAACAGUAUGAUGAAGAUGGAAGCGAACUGCCAAAUUCUGUACAAAAUACUUCUCCACGAAUGAAUCAUACUAGCAUCACAAGUAUAUCGCACCCUGAGGUAUAUGACAUUACGCUGCAGCGUAAAGAAAAUGAGGGCUUUGGAUUUGUUAUUCUCACUUCAAAAACUAAGCCACCUCCUGGAGUGAUCCCUCAUAAGAUUGGUCGAGUCAUUGCUGGAAGCCCUGCCGAUAGAUGUGGCAAACUACAAGUCGGAGAUCGCAUCUCAGCAGUAAAUGGGCAGUCUAUUGUUGAUAUGUCACAUGACAACAUUGUGCAGCUAAUAAAAGAUGCUGGAAAUGUGGUAACCCUUACUGUUAUUCCAGAGGAAGAACAUCAGGGCCCUCCUUCAGGCACCAACUCUGCCAGACAGAGUCCUGCUCCACAACACAGACCACUGGGGCACAAAGCAAGCUAUGGAACCUUAGACAGGUAUGGGUUAGAUGGAGAAGAUCAGAAAGAAGACCUUUUUCCUGGUUACCGCUACCCUCGGACAGACUAUAAACAAUUUCCACAGAAUACUGGAUGUUAUGCAGUGGAACUGGAACGAGGUUCUAGAGGCUUUGGAUUCAGUCUUCGAGGAGGAAUGGAGUAUAAUAUGGGGUUAUUCAUUUUGCGUCUAGCAGAGGAUGGACCAGCUGUCAAAGAUAAGAGAAUACAUAUUGGAGACCAAAUUGUUGCAAUCAAUGGGGAGUCCACUCAGAGUAUUACUCAUACGAGAGCUAUUGAACUGAUUCAGGCUGGUGGCAACAAAGUUCAUCUUCUUCUGAAACCUGGGACUGGUUCAAUACCAGAUUAUGGUGAUAUAAAUCCUAUGAAUGGGUUGCAUACAGCCAUAAUGUAUGAUGAACAGCCACCAUUUCCUUUAUCAUCACAUAAUGUAUCCAUGAAACAGCAAACUCCUUUAACUGGAUUGGAAGCUGUGUCAGCGAAGGUUCCAGUAUCAGACAAACAUAUCCUACAAAACACUGCCUUACAAAUACAAGAGGUUUUAGAUCGAUCAAACAACUUAAGAUAUGCAGAGAUAAGAAACCAUGAUGAGGCAGUCAGUGUUACAUUACCUACACAUGGAAACACUGAUACAGGUAACCAGUUGCAAGUCCCUAGUAAUGAAGCAAAAGUUUCAAGAAGGUCUAGGUCUUCUAGUCCUCAAAUUGCUAGUAAAGCAGAGCCAAGAAAUACAAAUGAAAGGACAUCUUGUCUAAGGAAUGAUAUUGAAAAGAAGCAAGAUAGAAGCAAAGAUAGAUCUGUGAGCCCAAAGAAGACUGGAAGUCCAAUUCGAUUGGAGAACAGUGUAAGUAAAAGUAAUCAAAAACAAAACAGGGGUAGGUCAACCAGUCCACAGAAAACUCACACAAGAGAAGAUAGACAUGCAUCAGACAUUUUUAAGGAUGGAAGAACAGACAAAGGAGGAAGAGUAAUUAAUGCAGGAAAACAUGAACAGCACGAGUAUUCAAAUCAAAAGAAUGGUAGACCAGAAAAUGUAAGAACAGAAGAUGCCUACUACCAUGUAAAACCUGAGAAAACUGAUAGACAUAUCUCAGAAAAAAAAGAUUUUGUGCAACAAAAAUCAUCAUCAGGUGAAACAAGCAGGCAUCUUAUUAAGCAUAAUGACAAAUCAAAAGCUGCAUCUGUAGAAGAAAAUAAAAAUGAGUUAAAGCAAUGUAUUUCCAACACAAAAGAAAGUGUGAAGAAAACAGAAGGACAUGUUACAGAAAAUACACAUAUAGCAACCACAGAACCAGAGGGUUGCUCUAGAAGAGAGCAUAAAGAAAAAGAGAAGGAAAGGACUAACAGAAAUCAACAAGUAAAUGAAACCAAAGAUGACAGAAAGAGAAUACCUCAAGAUGCCGAGCCCAUUGCAUCUGCAACAAGGACACCCAUUGUUCCAGGACCAUGGAAAGUUCCAAAUAAAAACAAAGUUGCAGACUCCUUGUCUGGCACGCAUCAAUAAUUUCUGGAUAAAAGCUGACCUUUUCAGACCAGAUGCAGUGAUAUUCUUACCUUGCAGCUCUGCAAAUAUUUCUGAAAGUUUUGAUUUGUUUGAAAAAGUUGCUUAGUAUCUCACUUGCAUGAAGGAGGUAACUCAUUUUAGUGAACAAUAUGAGCUACAGAAGAGGUUUGUUUCACUACAACUCAUUUACUGUUCAAGUAAUAUUUCCAAUGCAAACAGUUUAAAUAUGGUCUAUACUAUUAUGCUUAAAUAUGAUUUGAAACUGUGAUAACAUACUUGGUGAAAUCAUAGUCAUGCCAUGUCAACUGUGCCUUUUAAAACAUGUUUGCAUUAAAAAGAGCAUGUUGCAUGUUUAUAUCAAAAGUAUUUUAAAUGCUGUUAUUCAGCUUCUACAUAAUAGAACAAUAACUUCUUGAUAUUUUGUUAACUUAUAAACCUGCAUUUUUUUUUUGGGGGGGGGUGGAUAAUAAGCAAACCAAUGUAACUUUUUUCAUACUUUAUAUGGUAUACAUAACUAAUGGAUGCUAGUAAAUUCAAAAUAUUUUGAAAUAUUUUAUAAUUCA